AUGAUGACUUUUGGAACCCGUGCACUGCUGUGCAUCAUAGCCCUCUCUGUCCUCCCAGCUGACUGGUUUCUACCGAUGGUCAACUGUCAAGAAGACCCAACAAUUGUGCCUGACAUACAACCUGUCACUGAUGACUUGGUUCCAGCUGCCAUUGUAAACACAACAGAGAUACCAGAAUGCCGUGAGGAGCAGUUCCCUUGCACACGCCUGUACUCCGUUCACAAACCUGUGAAACAGUGUAUCAGUUACCUGUGUGUUACCAGUGUGCGUCGCAUGUACAUAAUAAACAAGGAAGUGUGCUCUCGUGUGGUCUGCAAGGAGGAUGAAUUCAUGCAGGAUGAGAUCUGCCGCCAGCUGGCUGGCCUCCCCCCUCGACGCAUCCGCCGCUCCGGUCAGCCCCGAGGCCCUCCCUGCAGAUGGGGCCAGAACAAGGAGCUCAAUAAGCCUGAUGCUCUGUGA